UUCAAAUGACUUCAGAGGAUCUCUUGCAAGCCGGACACGUAGUCAAAGAACGAUGGAAGGUAAUACGAAAAAUUGGCGGUGGUGGCUUUGGCGAAAUCUACGAAGGUCAAGAUCUAAUAACACGCGAACAAGUCGCCCUCAAAGUCGAAUCAGCACGCCAGCCCAAACAAGUCCUCAAAAUGGAAGUGGCCGUACUGAAAAAGCUGCAGGGCAAGGAGCAUGUUUGCCGUUUCAUCGGUUGCGGUCGCAACGAUCGUUUCAAUUAUGUUGUUAUGCAAUUGCAGGGUAAAAAUCUGGCCGAGCUGAGACGCUCCCAGCCGAAGGGUGCGUUUUCGGUGAGCACAACGCUGCGCCUGGGACUGCAGAUACUGCGAGCAAUCGAAUCGAUACAUUCUGUAGGCUUUCUACAUCGUGAUAUUAAACCUAGCAACUUUUCAAUGGGCCGACUGCCGCUGAAUUGUCGGAAAGUGUAUAUGUUGGAUUUUGGUUUGGCGCGCCAAUACACGACGGGUACGGGCGAGGUGCGUUGCCCACGCGCAGCUGCCGGUUUCCGUGGCACGGUACGCUAUGCCUCGAUAAAUGCCCAUCGCAAUCGUGAAAUGGGUCGUCACGACGACCUGUGGUCUCUCUUCUAUAUGCUAGUGGAGUUUGUCAACGGCCAGCUGCCAUGGCGCAAGAUCAAGGACAAGGAACAGGUGGGCCUGACCAAAGAGAAAUAUGACCACCGUAUGUUACUAAAACAUUUGCCUUCUGAUUUCAAACAAUUCCUCGAACACAUACAAUCGUUAACGUAUGCCGAUCGGCCCGACUACGCCAUGCUGACAAAUAUCUUUGAACGUUGUAUGAAACGGCGUGGCGUCAAGGAGUCCGAUCCGUAUGACUGGGAGAAGGUGGAUGCAGUUAGUGGGACAACGGUGCCAACGACCAUUACCUGUAGCCAGGCGAAUCAAACUAAUCCGGCUCAAAUUAAAAACGACUACAUACCAGGCAAUAUAACACAAAUGACUGUGGCCGCAUCGAAUAUAAGCGGUACAGAGCACCUGCCGCGUCAAAAUGAUGUUGAUACAGCGCCCAUAGCGACAACAGAGCCCCUACAUAUCAAAGACAAGGUGAGCCGAAAACCGUUGUCUUUGUACAUGUGUGCCAUAUAUCCGAAUUAG